GGAAACAGAAACGAGAGCGGGAACGCGUACCGCACAGCUCCUUCUUUCUUUCUUUCUUUCUCUACUUAAACGCUAUUCCCAUUUUUUAGGUCUUGCAAGUUGCAUCCUCUCUUUCCCAUUCUCUCUUUCUCUUUCUCUAUUUUCGUCGAGAUCUGUGCCUUUUCUCGAAGCUUCAUUUGUACGAGCUGGAUCCUCAGUUAACAGUUGAAAUAGUGGAGCCUGCAGUCAUGGUUCCACCAAUUGAAACCCCAAACAAAAACCACGAUGCUCAUUACGCCCCACAUGCUCCUCUUAAUGAGAGGAUUCUUUCAUCCAUGACGAGGAGGUCUGUUGCUGCUCACCCUUGGCAUGAUCUUGAGAUAGGACCUGGAGCUCCAACCGUAUUCAACGCUGUAGUUGAAAUAUCGAAAGGAAGCAAGGUGAAAUAUGAACUUGACAAGAAAACUGGAUUGAUUAAGGUUGAUCGUGUGCUCUACUCAUCUGUUGUGUAUCCCCAUAACUAUGGUUUCAUUCCUCGUACUCUUUGUGAGGACAAUGACCCCAUGGAUGUCUUGGUUAUUAUGCAGGAGCCAGUUCUUCCUGGAUGCUUUCUUCGGGCUAGAGCUAUAGGCCUCAUGCCUAUGAUUGAUCAGGGUGAGAAAGAUGACAAGAUAAUUGCUGUUUGUGCCGAUGAUCCUGAGUACCGAGACAUCAAUGAUAUCAAGGAUCUCCCACCACAUCGUUUGGCUGAGAUACGCCGCUUCUUUGAAGACUACAAGAAAAAUGAGAACAAGGAAGUUGCAGUUAAUGACUUUCUGCCUGCUUCUGCUGCCUAUGAAGCAAUCCAGUACUCCAUGAACCUCUAUGCAGACUACAUAGUGGAGAGCCUGAGGCGGUAGCUGUUUGUACAAGCAUACAUCUUGGGGUGUGAUUCUCCUACUUAUAAUGAAGUUGCUGUUAUAUAAGAUUUUACUUUGUUACAAGAAACCUCUGUAUGUAGCUGCUCUGCUUACAUUGGUUUCAGGAAUGUGUGCUAAUACUACAACCUUUAAAUGGAUUGUUUUUUCAUGAUGAUGAUGAUGAUGAUAAGUACGGAACGAAUUUUGUUGUAAUGAAUAUCUGAAAGGAGCAGGGAAAAUUAGUCUGGCUAGAGAAUAUAUUGAUGCUUGUGAUGAUUCUUUUUUA